AUGCUCGAGAAUUCUUGGGGUAGCUUGAGUCUCUUUAUGCAGUUUCGCAUCGCCUGUACCAUGCGGCGAUAUAUCAGGCAGCUCCAGCACCUGAAAGGCACCGUUCCCGGGAUGCCUGAUGGAUGCGUGGGUGGUAACCUGUUCUUUUGCAACCAGCAUGGUCCCUUCAAGGACUCUGCACACUUCCAAUCGUUCUGCGAGAUGGUUGCCCAACAGGCCUAUGUCAACAACCUCCGAGAGUAUCGAAACAAAAUUACUGAUACGCUUCCGCGUCCGCCUAUCAUGGGUGGCAACUGGUCUCUCUCAUUCCUUCACGGUGAUAUACAUCUAGGAAACCUCAUGCUGUCGAGAGAUGGUGUUCUUUGGUUGGUCGAUUGGGGGAAUAGCGGUUUCUAUCCGCCUUGGUUGGAGAGUGCCUAUAUAGCUAUUGUUGCCGAUACCCAGCCAGCAUCUUGGAACCGUUGGAGAUGGUUUAUCGCUGGACGAUAUCCGGAGUAUGAACAUUUCUGGAACUUGGCCUUGAGCCUGCUGAAUCGCUUCUGGCGUUGA